AUGACAAUCUUGAUUUGCCUAAUGUAGAUGAUCAUUUAUACAGCUCUCGCGUCUAAAAAAUCGAAACAGAAGAAUUACGAGUAUUUAAAUGAGACAGUGAUGUAUAUUGUGCUUACAGUUUUGGGUAAAUAUCAAUCCCAUUACAAAUAGUUAGUUUUAUUUCCUUCUGCAUUCUGCUCUUCAUUAUUAUGGCAUGCUUACAUCAAAGAGGAUAUCGAUUUAUUAGAUAGGAGAAACUACACUAAAAUGAAAUUUAACAACAACAAUAAAUGAUUGUGAUAGUACCACCUCAUGAGAAAUAGCAAUACAAGUAGUUCUUGUAUGAUGUCAAUCAAACAAUGGAUAUCAGUAGAUUAUCAGAUAAUUAAUGA